AUGCCUCUCGUCACACCAACCUCUACUGCCGGAACGUCGCAGCUAGACGACUGGACAAACAAACUUGUCGGAAAGACGAUCCACGAUGAGGAAUCCAAUGAAACUGUACGUCUGUCCCAUCCCAUCACAGCACUUACCCUUACCGAGCUGACCUGGAGCGGUCAGGCCUUCUGCAAACGGAACCUUCCUCAGCCUUCACGCAUCGUCAAGCCUGGUAUGAUGGUCACCAGGGAUUUCAAGGAGGAUAGGCUGAAUGUCCACGUCAACGAUGACGGUAUCGUCUCUCACGUUACCUACGGGUAG